AGCGUGCACGGCUGUGCGUGUGGCCUUGGUCCCAAAGCCUUUCUCUUACUGGCUAUGCUCAUGCGUGAUAGUUUGGAGUAACUGUAGGCUUCUUUUAGCCCUAGAUUAGCCAUAUUCGUAGGAUUUGCUUGCAAACACGCCCCCACCUUCCUCUCUCUCCUUCUCAGGUUUAACACUGUCUCUUUUUAACCCCUGCCAUCGUCCACUGCACAUCGGCUUUAUUCGCGGGACAGCAGACCGGGGACUUUUAACUCUUUACUCCAUUUAACCGACUUGUGUGUGCGUGCGUGUGUUCUUCGGUUCAUCGGCCAGAUGGAGGACUACCAUAAACCGGACCAGCAGACGGUGCAGGCGCUCAGGAACAUCGCCACCCGCCUUCGGAUCAACUCCAUCAAGGCGACAACUGCAGCGGGCAGCGGUCAUCCCACAUCAUGUUGCAGCGUGGCAGAGAUCAUGUCUGUGCUGUUCUUUCAUACCAUGAAGUACCGACCUGAAAACCCCCGUAGCCCCAGCAAUGAUCGCUUCAUCCUCUCCAAGGGCCAUGCAGCCCCUGUGCUGUACGCUGUGUGGGCGGAGACGGGCUACCUGAAAGAGAACGAGCUCCUCAACCUCCGCAAGGUCGACUCCAUCUUGGAGGGGCACCCUGUGCCGAAGCAGCAGUUUGUGGAUGUGGCCACUGGGUCACUGGGUCAGGGGCUGGGAGCAGCCUGUGGAAUGGCCUACACUGGAAAAUACUUUGACAAGGCCAGCUAUCGGGUGUUCUGUCUGCUGGGUGAUGGAGAGCUGUCCGAGGGCUCAGUGUGGGAGGCCAUGGCCUUCGCCUCAUACUACCAGCUAGACAACCUGGUGGCCAUCUUGGACAUCAACCGCCUAGGUCAGAGCGACCCGGCUCCACUCCAACACCAUGUGGAGAAGUACCAGCGACGCUGUGAGGCCUUUGGCUGGCAUGCCAUCAUUGUGGACGGCCACAGUGUGGAGGAGCUGUGUAAGGUGCUGAGUCAGCCUCGCCACCAGCCACUUGCCAUCAUUGCCAAGACUAUCAAGGGAAAAGGCAUCCCAGCGGCUGAGGAUAAGAUGGGUUGGCACGGUAAACCCCUGGCCAAAGACAUGGCUGACAGCGUGAUCAAGGAGCUGCAGAGCCGCAUCAUAAACUGUAACAAGCGCCUCUAUCCUGCUCCCCCCAAUGAGGAUGCAUCACCUGUCAGCCUCCGCAACAUCCGCAUGCCGAGUGCACCCAGCUACAAAACUGGAGACAAGAUUGCUACAAGGAAGGCGUAUGGCAUGGCUCUGGCCAAGCUAGGCCGUUACAACGAGCAUGUGGUGGCUCUGGAUGGAGACACCAAGAACUCCACCUUCUCCGAGCUCUUUAAGAACGAACACCCCAACCGCUACGUGGAGUGCUACAUCGCAGAGCAGAACAUGGUAAGCGUGGCGAUAGGUUGUGCUGUGCGGGACCGUAAUGUGGUGUUUGCCAGCACCUUCGCCACAUUCUUCACCCGGGCCUACGACCAGCUCCGCAUGGCCGCCAUCUCUGAGAGCAACAUCAACCUCUGCGGCUCCCACUGUGGUGUCUCUAUUGGUGAGGACGGACCUUCUCAGAUGGGUCUGGAGGAUCUUGCCAUGUUUAGAGCCAUUCCCACGGCAACCGUCUUCUACCCUAGUGACGGUGUCUCCACUGAGAAAGCUGUGGAGCUUGCUGCCAACACAAAGGGUUUGUGUUUCAUCCGAACAAGCCGCCCAGAGAACAACAUCAUCUACAACUGCAAUGAGGACUUCCAUGUUGGUCAGGCUAAGGUUGUGUAUAAAACCAAUGACGACCAUGUGACUGUGAUUGGAGCAGGAGUGACCCUCCAUGAGUCUCUUGCUGCUGCUGAACAGCUGAAGAAAGAAAGAAUUAACAUCCGUGUGAUUGACCCGUUCACCAUCAAACCCCUGGAUUCCAAGACCAUCAUCGACAACGCCAGGGCCACCAGAGGACGCAUCAUCACAGUGGAGGACCACUACUAUGAAGGUGGUCUAGGUGAGGCAGUGUGCUCGGCGGUAGUGAAUGAGACCGGCUUCACCGUCCACCGCUUGGCGGUUUCCCAGGUGCCCCGCAGCGGCAAGCCCCAUGAGCUACUCCGAAUCUUUGGCAUUGACCGUGACGGCAUCGCUCAGGCAGUCCGUAAGGUGCUCAGUAGCUCCGCCAACGCCAAGUAAGAACGUUGCAACAGGGGCAGUAGCGGCAACAAUGUGGUGAAGGACUCCGUGGUUAACUGGUGAUCACCAUGGAGACAAUAAACAAAUAAACCAACACAGAAGGAGGGAAAGCACUUCUGGCCCACUCACGCUCUCCUCAUAAAACGAUCUAAAGCAUUUGAUAAAAAAAAAAUUAAAAGAUAACAUGGUUUUUCUCUUUAACUGUCAUCUAUGUGGUUUUGAGACCCCAGAUUUUUACCCCAUCAGUUUGUGAGUUCAGUAAACACACCCCUCCCCUUCACACACACACACACACACAUCCACACCCUCUAACUCUUUCCUACCUCCCUGAGAAAGUUCUGGUACUGCUGUAGUGUUCCAGUAAAAGCAGUUAACGUGGUUUGGAGUAAAGUGAAAUCUUUUUAUAUUUUCUGUGGAACCCCUCUCACUACUUCAGCGCGGCGUUUUAUACGUCUGCACCCAGUAUGACUUUGUAAAUCCCACCCCACUAGAUCCAGCAGGGUGUGGAGAAACUCUGGUUUGGUCUGUUUGAGCACUGACUGUUUUUAACCCUUUUGACCCUGACUUGGAUGGGACUGCUUCUCUCCAAUAAAGGGAUGGUUUCUUCACAA